CUCACGUCAGCGCUUUCACCGGGCCAUUCCGUGAUCUGCUCAUGUCAGCGCCAUGUGAUGAGCUGCCACAGUGAGCAGUUGGAUGAAGUGGAAGCGUUGCAAGCCAUUUAUCACGAGGAUGUCGAAAUCCUUUGUGAUGAUGAGGGCUCAGUGUCCUUGGUGGUGCACAUCCACCCGGACUUGGCCCAGAAGCUUCUGCUGCGUGUGGAGGUUACCGCUGAGACCCCGGUGACCGAGGGCGAUCCCAAAGGCGGCUAUGCCGAGGCACCCAAUGUCAUGGAGAUGGCCCGCCGCAAGGUGGCUGGUUCUGCAGCUCCGGCGAAGCCCGCACUGGCGCGGAGUGAAAGUGGGCAGCACGUGUCGCACGCUGAAGCAGAGCUGCAGCAUUUGCCUCCCUUGCGUUUGCAGCUGAAACUGCCCGCAGACUAUCCUUCAAGCUCGCCACCCACCUUCCAGCUCGCCAGCUCCUGGUUGGACGUCGACGUCCUCUCGGUCCUGUGUGAGAGCCUAGAUCAGAAAUGGCUCGAAGCAGAAGGCUCUCCGAUCAUCUUCACCUGGGCGGAAGCCUUGCGCUAUGAAGUCCCUGAAGCCAUCGGCACCGGCCCUGUGGUGCUGAGGGCGCCAGGUGACGGAUCCGACCAGCGAGCACGGUCAGAAUGCACGAGCGAGCCCAUGCAAACCUUACUGGAUCUUCUUCUCUACGACAAGUGUCGUGGCCUUGACCUGUGGAAACAGCAGCAGCAUCUGUGCAAUAUUUGCUUCUCCGAGCAGCCUGGGUCACAAUUCAUUCACCUGGGUGAAUGCUCCCAUGCAUUCUGCAGGACGUGUGUCACAGCCAUGGCCAGCUUGCACGUGACCGAGGGCUCCAUCGCAGAGUUGCUUUGCCCGGAGCCCUCCUGCCGCGCAGAUUUCUCCUCACAGGCGCUGGCGGAGGUCCUGGAGGAAGAGCAGUACGAACGUUGGCAUGGCCUGAAGCUGCAACGGGUCCUGGUGUCGGAGUUGGAGGGGGUGGUGUUUUGCCCUCGCUGCGAAGAGGGGGGCCGCGAGACACCCGUGCUGCCCGACGAAGCCGUCGAGAACGAGCCGCCAGUGGCGCGGUGCGGGCGCUGUGAGUAUGUCUUCUGCAGCAAGUGCUCCGGGCUCUACCAUGGCCGCGAUCCCUGCUUGCACCCAGAGGAGCGCGCACAGCAGGCGGCCAUGCGGCGGCUGCAGGGUGCCUGCGGAGUGGCUGAGAAGCGGAAACUGCAGAGGGAGGCCACGAAGGGCUACCUCGUGUGCGUCAGCGAGGGAGAAGACCUACCUUUGAUUGAUGCUGCGGGCUAUGCCACUGAGGAUCAGGACCCCAUCCUCGCUGGCGAUUCCGUGAAGGCGGUCCAUGCCGGUGUCCCCGAGCGGAUCACGGCGAGCACCCUGUGGGAAGCUCAGCGGGACAACAUCUGCAACCUGGGGCAAGUGCUCUUGGAAUCGCCCAGGCCCAUCAGCAUUCGCUUUCGCCGGGGCAACGCCACCCAAGCGGCGAAUCGACUGAAGGAGCGGCGGCUGAUGGAAGAGCUCUUGACACUCAAGGAGAUUGCCCGCGAGUCGCAAGUGUGCCCUAACUGCCACGUCCGGGUGCAGCGCAGCGCUGGGUGCAAUCACAUGACGUGCACCCGGUGCAGAACCCACUUCUGCUACAGAUGUGGGAAGAAGUUGGACCCCGAAAUGCCCUACAACCACUUUAGCGCCACCGGCUGCACCACCUUCGACACCGAGGAGGUGCGACGCAUGGCCAUGCAACAGCGAGACCGCCAGGGACAAGGCUUCAUCGAUGUGGAGCUGGAGCGGCUGCGGGAGGAGUUUGGGGAGCAGAGGGACCUCUUCGCCCAGUUCGAACGGCAGCGGCCCGGGGUGAGGCCCGAACGAGCGGUGCGCCUGGGCCGGCGGAACAUCGCGGAUCGUUUGCGGAACGGCGAGGUGCAGUGCCCGAGCUGCGGGCAAUGGAACGGCUGCUUGGAGUAAGGAAGGAUAUGAGGAAGGGUGAAAAGAGCUUUGGGCAUCAGAUGGGUGAUGGGUAGGUGGGAUAUCAGAUGGGAUCAGAUGAGUAGAUGGCAUGAUUGUAGUAUGGAUCCCUUUUUCAAACUAGCUUGUGGGCGUGUGCAGUCCACUAGUGCUUUGAACAGAAACAAGCUUGAGCAUGAAAUUGCUUUUAAACAUCAGAACGGCAAACCUGGC